CAGCUGAGAAGAAGAUAUUGAAGAAGAAAAAGAAAACAAGAAAAAAGAAACACAGUGCAUCAGAGACCUCAGUGAAGAGUAAUGACGAUUCACCGGAAAAGAAGGUAAAGGAGAAUACAACGAAGAAAAAUAUGACUACAUAACCAAAGUAAAUUACAUGUUCCGUGAUGCACGGUUCUUCCUGAUGAAGUCCAACAACGGAGAGAACAUUGUUUUAUCAAAGUCCAAAGGUGUGUGGUCUACACCUCCUCAGAAUGAAGCAAAGCUCAAUCAGGCUUACAGGGAAGCUAGGAAUGUUAUCCUUAUCUUCUCAGUUAAAGAAAGUGGACGUUUCUGUGGAUUCGCACGCCUGUCAGGGGAGUCAAGACGAGACCUUCCCCCAGUGUCCUGGGUUUUGCCUCCAGGAUUGUCAGCUCGUGCUUUAGGGGGAUUUGAGAUGGACUGGAUAUCUAGAAAGGAUCUCUCCUUCACCAAAACUCAGCACCUUUAUAAUCCCUGGAAUGAAGGCAAACCAGUAAAGAUUGGAAGAGAUGGUCAGGAGAUUGAACCAAGAGUAGCAGAGGAGCUUUGUCGACUCUUUCCCAAAGAUGACGGGGUUAAUCUACCGCCAGUCUUGCACAAAAGCAAGCGAGCAGCACGGGUUGCUCGGGCCAGGGGGCCUCUCCGCGCGGCGGCACUUCAACCAGCAGGAGACCGCCGUGGCCGCCCCAGAGAACGUGGAAACUUCCGGGGCCGAGGGACUCAGUGCUGGUCUCGGUUGAAGUUGUGUUGUGGAAGGAGAUGUAUGGUAGCAUUCCUAUGGUGGCAACAGUGGCAACUAGCAGAUAAGACUCUCCAGUAUCCAAUACAUGUCUUGCAUGGACUCGCUCAAGCAUUCAGGACCAAGUUGGAGAUCAUAAGUUCACACCAGAGAUUAAUAGUGACUGAAGCCCUGAGCUAA